AUGCCGACAAGGGGUAGCCCCGACAGUCAGGAGAAAGUGGAGCGCUCUUCCAUAUAUGGACAAACUUCCAAGGGUGAAAUGUUUGGGAAAGUGAUGUCACGGAGCGGGAGCAGAGCUGUUCGCUCGGGGCUGGAGGAAGCAGACUCCUGUUCAGAGCAGCAGCAGCAGCAGCAGCAGCAGGAGCCCGGUGGUGAUAAAAGUCAAUGA